UCCUGGGAAAGCGCGAUGUUUAAAUCUGUUUCCGGUUUCUGUCUGCUUGGGCCGAGUCCGCAAGACAUGGAGCGACAUCACAACAGUGCUACGAGGACCCCCCUCAACAAUGUUGGCGUCCAGAGGAGGAGCAAGAGCUACCGGCUGUCGUACCGCAGCUGCUUGGGCACCGCAGCGUCGCGCCUCGGCCUGACCCCGGCGUUGACGGCACGGCGGCUCAACACCAGCAGGAGGGCCUUAAAGCCGCACGGCGUCGCUGAGAAGGUGGACCCGGAGCAGCUGGCCUUGCUGGUGAAAACCGAGUGGCAGCUGUCGUACGUCACGCCCCUCCAUCAGUUCCGGCACACCCAGCUGAAGAGCUACUCCAGGCGGCUCGCGGCGUUUAUCGCCGCGGGGAAGCAACAGGGUUUGGCGGUGGCGGUGGAGAACCCGCAGACGACGUUCAGGGUCUCCUUCUCCUUGGUGGAGGGGAUGACUGAGUCGGCCGAUGAUGCUGAGACGGUCCUCAUACAGAUCCACGCGAGACCGUCGUUCGCCGGGCAGGACGAGCCGCAGAGGCCGGCGUGGAGCGGCUGGUUGACCUGCGUCAACGGCAACCCCGACUACCUGCGCUCCCUCCCGAAGGACUUCACCUGUCUGCCGCUCUUCGGCAGCAGCGGGGCCGAGGGCCUCGGCGCUCUGGUCAAGUCCUGGUUCCAGCAGUCCUUCGACUGCUGCUUCGGCCCCCUGGAGGUGAGCCACACAAGCCUCCAGUGGCUGAUGGCGCUGUGGACCAACUGCCACACAGAGGCCAGCAUCCAGCACCUCAAGAUGAUUUGGACACUUCCCGCUGUGCCACCGCUGGAGGUCACCUACACGGUUAACCCAGAGGACGCCUGGGAGCUGUGGCGCAGCGUGAGAAAGCAGAAGGAGAAUAGAGGAGGAGGAGGGGAAGAGGAGGAGAACUGUAUCGACAUUGAGGAGGUGGCGGAUUUCGUGCAGGGCCUGAAGAGCCACUUCUACAGACACUUCAGGCUGGAUCUGUCGGCGGGCAGCCUGAACCAGGUCUCAACCGCUCUGGGCUCAGCCAAGCACAGCGGCAGGAUGAAGAUCUCCAACAGUAGAUACAUGACCACCACCCUGACUCUAUUGACGGAGUCCGCCCUCCUCAAAAUGCCCAUCUGAGUGACCGGACACAGACUUUUUAUGCCACCAGGAACGAUAUUCCGAAAGCAGCCUUCAUUUGACAAAACAAUUACUUCCUGCAAAUUGCUUAUUUUUUUAAUUAUAAACAAAGCCAAACUUCUUUUUCGUACUCUUUCCAAAACAUGAAAUGGAGAGUUACUUUUCCAUAAUGUUCUCUCCUGAUGAAAGUCAUAUCCUGGCCUUUUUUAAUGUUUUUAUCCUCCUCGUAUUUUAACUUGAAUGCAAGAAAAUACGGGAAGUCCUGUGGCCAUAAUUAUAUCUGCUGUGCUGGCAAACAUCCACAUGUUCCACCUCUUGUAAAUAUAUACUUGUCCAGCUGUUUAUAUAUUUGUGUCAUUUAUAGUUGUAAAUUAAAGGAGAAAAAAAGGUUUGACUUAUGCAUGAUAAAA